AUGGAAACAAGUUUGAAAGCAACAGAGGACAUCAACACUGUAAUUGAAAGCAUGUUGCAAGAAAGAAACAAGUUAAAGAGUAACCUCGCAAAGAUCAUUGCCCACUACCAACAUAAAUCGCCAAAGCAAACAACAGUCAAUCUCUCUACAUCUUCUGCUGCUAUAACAACCAUACAUAGUAUUGAAGUAGCACCUUCGCCAAUACCAAGUACUGAACAAUUAGCUGAUCCAACGUUUGCAACUGAAUUGCCAUCCCCACAAACAACAACUUCUGAAAAUAUAAACCCUAUCAAAACUUUGAAUCCAUACCAAAAUAAAUGGACUAUCAAAGGGAGAGUUACUCAUAAACAGCCUAUUAAGGCAUAUAGCACAGCAACCAAAAAUGGCCAUGUGUUUAGCUUUGAUAUUGUUGAUUGUGACGAUUCUGAAAUUAGAAUUACAUGUUUUGAUGAGAUAGCUAAGUUACACUCUAACCAUGUGGACAUAGGUUCACAUUAUAUUAUUUCAAAAGGAUCUGUUAAGGAGGCAAAUGCAAGGUACAACAAAAUAAACAGCCAUUUAGAAAUCACCUUGUCUGAUACAUCCAUACUAAAAUGUUGCACCAAUGAAGAACAACCAGAUCAACAAAGUCCUCCUUUCACGCCCAUUAGUGAAUUGUUUCAUCUAACAAAUAACACGCUGGUUGACAUAAUUGGUCUUGUUCUAUAUGUUGGAGAUAUCAUUCCUAUACACAGGAAAGAUGGCAGUCAAACACAAAAAUGUGUGGUGAAAAUUAAUGAUCUAUCUAGUUCAACAAUUGACAUCAACUUAUGGGGUCCAAUGGUAGAACAAAAGGGCCUAGAAGUGAAAAAUAUGUUGACCAAUGAUAGUGUGGUUAUCCUUGCUUUGCGUAAUGCUCGUGUUGGCUAUUUCAAUGGGAAGCUUAUAAACAUAACAGCUGCAACAACAUUACAUAUUAACCCAAGUUUUCCAGAAACAGAGCUUCUAAAAUUAAAAGGAAAGGACCCUUUGCUUGUUGUACCCUUUGUUGCAGAACCUAUCCACAUAGAUGGAAAAUAUACUAGAAUGAUAAUUUCUUCAAUCUGUGAGUGGAUGAGCGUCAAACCAGAAACAAUUCAGACAACAUUGCUAGCUAUUCUGCACUUUGUGAAGGUCAAUGAUCAAAAUUUCUAUUACGCAGCUUGCCCACUAAUAGUCAAUGGAAGGCCUUGCAAGAAAAAAUGUACACAGCACGCUGAUGAUUCUUGGUUCUGCUCUAGAUCUCAAAUGACUAUGCAAGACUAUAAUUAUAGUUACCUCUUGCCUCUAAAGUUGCAAGAUGCCACAGGUACUCUAUGGGCCACUGCAUUUGAUGAGGGUGGCAUUCACUUGCUACACAAAACUGCAAAACAGCUCUAUGCACUACAAAACGAUGCAACAACAAUAGAGACACCUUCCUCAGUGAUCAAGAGACUACUAUCACGUUACUAUUCAUUCACAGUGUUGGUUUCUACUAAGACAUAUAAUUCAGAAUCAAAGAUGAAAAUGAUAGUCAAUAAAGUUGCUCAAGUUGACUUCAAAGUUGAAUGCCAUGCACUACUUGCAGAAACUGGCUGCCUAAGUACAGAGAGUUAG